GUCUGCUUUCAAUUUGACAUGUUUGACAGUAAAAAACUCAAUCCACCCUAAUCAUGCUAAUCCUCAUCUAUCCGAACUAAUCAGUUCAUUAAAUUACAGAAUGCCGGCCUCAGAAACCACAGCCCUCGUGAUGCCGAAAGAAUCUCCCUUUGAAAGACGGAAGAAGUUGAUAGCGCUGACAUGCAUUUUGACAGUACACACGCUCCAUUCUGUUGCCUUCUGGGCCAUGUACCUGCAGUUGUACAUAUUCCUUGACACUCUGCAUACAAAAAUGGAAACAGAUAAGAUACCUGACAGUAGCACAGUCAUUCUUAUAUUCGAAGCUGUAAGUUAUCUGGUCAUGCCUGCUAUUGGAGGAAUCUUAGGAGAUGUGACUCUUGGAAGAUACCAGGCUAUAUUCAUAGGCACAUUCUUUGAACUUAUCGGGACCACAUGUUUCCUUGUAGUAGCCGCAAUACAAAAGGGAAGUACCAUUUCCCCUGAAGCUUCUUUUGGGGUGACCAUAGUAUCCCUUGUGUUCAUUGCCAUUGGGAUGGGCUUCAUCAAAGCUAAUGUGGUUCCAUUUGGAGCCCAGCAAGUUGACACUGGAGACUUCAGCCAGGUGCAAGGUUUUAUGAAAUGGUACACUUGGUGCCUAAACUUGGGCCAGCUGAUAGCCUACCUACCAAUGGUUUACAUCAUAACCCCCUCCAAAAAUGAGGAAGAUUAUGGAUUUCUGAUUGCUGCUGUGAUUCAGGUGUUUGCAGUGGCUUUGGCGAUUGCUGUGUUUAUAUUCGGGAAAGUGAAGUACAAGAUGAAACAUCCUGAAGGGAAGACCACACUCCUACAACUUGCAGCUGGUAUAAAGGAACGUUUUUGCUGUGCUGUGAAUUAUGUUACUCCCCGUAAUCUGGGAAUUAACCGUGACAGUAAAGUGGCAACGUUGAUUUUAAGACAGGUUAUACUGUUGGCGAUGCUCUUUUCUAUGCUUAUCACAUAUGAGGGCAUCUAUUUCCAGAUGCAAAAUACAUAUAUAGAUCAGUCGAAAAAACUUCAGGCAAGUUCUGAAAUAAAGCCUGGAUUGAUGUACAUCUUCAACCCACUAGCUGUACUGAUUGGCAUCCCACUAUUGUCAUGUUUAAACUUCUAUGAUUCUGCAAAUCCACGAUAUUUCAUCCGUCUGAGCAUAGGUGUCACAUUUGGAGUCUUCUCUGCGCUGAUGGCAGGUUUGGUACAGUAUUCUAUUAAUCCGGGUCCAGAAGGAAACCAAACAGAUAAAAAGACCAGUAUUUGGGCGCAGGUUCCACAGUUUGCCUUCAUUGGGAUAGGGGAAGUCUUCACUGAGGUUGCUGGGUAUGAAAUAGCAUAUGCUGAGAGCCCUCCUGGGAUAGAAGGCAUCGUCACAGCUAUGUUCUCAUCCUCCUUUGGUGCUGGAAGCCUCAUCGGAUCUGUACUCUACUACAAUUUUUCAAAACCAUAUGAUAUUGAAUGGUUGUACUUCAUCUUCACUAUAGUCACAGCCAUCAUGAUUCCACUCAUAAUCAUCUACAGCCGCUUUUACAAACUUGGAAAGUAUAGAAAAUACCGCAUGAGCACACUGCAGGGAGGCACGAACAGUGGACUGAUGCAUAGUCAAAGUCAGACAAGUUUCAAUAAUACGGAUGAUGUGGAUGAAUUCUCACCUCUCGACACUUCAAAUCAUAUUGAUCAAGACUUUUUUAGUGACUCUGAAAUUGAUACAUGUGCACCGACAAGGUGAUCUAGGGUAAAAUGAAAUACAACAAAACUGCUGUCUUAAUCCAAGAUGGCAUUUGUAUUCCUGCAAUUUAUGUUGGAGGUUUUGCAACUUUUUGUAACACGCUUCCCUUGCUGCUAGCCCACUCAGAUCACAGUCUCAUGCCACCUUUUGAAAAUGAGCAGCAUCACAUGUUUUUGGAGUAUUAUAUUUGGAUAACACCAGUGCUUUGUAUACAGUGCUUUAAAAAUGCAAUAUUUUAGAUUUCUGUGAUUUUUACAGUAUGAUUAAUUGUAGAUUUAAAGUAUUUGUGAUAAGUAUCAAAACGCAUUUGUCCUUCCACAUGUACUGUGAUUUCUGUGUGAAAAUGUGCCAGAAUAUUAUUCGAGAAAAUUCGACUUCGAGCUUUUGAAUGAUAGAAUAUGUGAGAAAAUCUUGGAUUUUUGCAGUCAGAUAGUUAAUGUACCAUUUGUAUGUGUUUUUAUGGAUAUCAUUAAACUUGUAUU